UUUUGAUGUAUACACAAGUAGAAGAUAAUUUCUUGAGGGCUAGUUUAUGGAGAUGUACAUUAUUGUGAUGUAUCAUGGUUCAUCCUGUAUAUUAUUCUCAAAGAUACUGAGUCCGGAACUUAUAGAUGAUCUCACAAAAAAUAAGGAGAGGAGGAGUGGCGGGGGGUGAGAUUUUAAAUCGAAUAUCGAAGAUUAUUGUAAAAUAGAGUAAUAGUCUCUAAACUCCUAAAGGUUUUAUGGCGGGAAAGAAUCGGAAUUCUGUUGCACAACUCAACAGAUUACUUCCCAUUCCAAUCGAACUUGAGAAUCACGCGGGUGAUAAUGAGAUUUCUCAUGUCACAAAUGUAUUGGUUGGAGAUCAUCAUAUAGUUGGAGAUACUUCUGGUUAUGUAGUUUGGACUAUAAAAGUAACAUUGAACGACUCCGCGUUUUCAUCGAUUAUUUUAUACAAGCGAUACAGCGAUAUCGAGAAGUUUAGAACUAAUUUAGUGCAAGCGCACCCUCGAGAAAAUAUACCUAAUCUACCUCCAAAAGACGCAUUUAGUGUUCUGAGAAUGUUAAAGCUGGAGAAUUGGCUCGAAGAAAGAAGAAGAGGAUUACAAUGGUUUUUAACUAGUAUCCUAUUGAAUCCUCGAUAUCUGGAAGAAAUUAAAGAUUUUCUUUUAAAGUAGUAGCAUUAUACAAAUGGGAUAUAGACGCAAAAAAAUAAAAUGUUGGUCAUAUACUGUUUUCCACGACCAAACUGUUUUGCACCCCUCAUAAUUAUCGGUGCACUGAAUGAAGAAGAAGAAAGGAAAAGGAAGAAAAAAAAAAGACAGACAUAAAUUUAGCAUUCUAUAAGCAACAGGUUGCACGAUAGUUUCAAAUAUAAUACGAGUCUAGAGAGCUAGCAGAGAUUUACAUUUUCUAUAAGUAAUUAAUUAAAGAAGGUACAUAC